AUGCGUCUCCCUCUCCUCGCCCGCGCCCCUCGCGCAUUCCUCCGCCCCCUCCACACCACCUCCCGCGCGCCUAACAAGGGCCCCGUCCCCGUCUCCAACGCCACAGACCUCUCCCACGCCCACUUCAUCUCAAACGCCUCCUCUGCCUCAGACUUCAACCCCACUCAGACACCCCACGCAGGCCAGGACCUCGCAGAGUCCCUCACCCACGAGUGGAAGGGCCAUGUCUCGCCCACCACCAGCCACCUCUUCAAGCUCAUCAUUCCCCUGCCCGAGUACAAGCGCGGCGUCAAGGAGGGCGAGCCCGAUGUGAGGCCAACAGCAUUCUUGCUUCACCCGUCGCAGCCACUGUCCCACCUGAGCAGGCUCAUAUCUGGGUCUCUCACCCCGCCUUACUCGCACUCGGACAUUGCCUAUCUCGCGCUGACCGGCGAGAAGGACGAUGUCGACUCGCACCUGCGCAAAGCAGAAGAGUCGGAUGCCGAGCCCCCGACGCAAAACGACCAGGCUGUCUACGACCCGUCUUCACCCCAGGCGCGCGAUGACGGCGGGCCAUUCUUGCGUGAGCGCAAGAGCGAUGCCGGGCGGUGGCAGGAAGUCUCGUGGUCCCAGUCUACAGACUUGUCCGACUUUAUCAAGCAGGCGUGUCUGAAUGAGAAAUUCAAGAUUGUCAUUACUCCCACCAGGUACUGGGACGGGUCAGAGCUGGAAGAAGGGCAAAGGGGGCUGCCAGAUGUCGUGCUGCAGGUCACGAUACCGAGCUUUGCCAGUCGCACAAUCUACAUUCGCAAGAGACUUCUGAGUCUGACCAAGGAGCUGGAUAAGUUGACAAAGCAAAAGAAGGAGAUUGAUCUCAAGGCUCACAAAGGUGCGCAAAAGCUCGCUGUAGCUGCGCUCUCGGGUGGCGUCUUUUACUGGGGCACCGUGAUUCAUUUCACCUUCUUUACCGAAGCGGGAUGGGACCAGAUGGAGCCCGUCACAUGGGCCACCGGAUUCGCCGCACUCCUCGGUUCUGCCGCCUUUCUCAUCUACCACAACCGCGAAGUGUCCUACUCUUCCCUCCUCGACCUCUCCAUCACUGCGCGUCAACGCAGGCUGUAUGGCGAAGCUGGCCUCGACCUCGAUCGCUGGACCGAGAUGGUCUCUGAAGCCAAAACGCUGAGACGCGAGAUUGAGCGAAUCGCGGCAGACUAUGAUAUGGAGUGGCGGGGCGAGCUCGAAGGUUUGGAGAGAGAGGAGAAUGGCAAGAAGCAGGCAGAGGGCGGGGUGGAGGUGGGGGUGGGUAAGCGAAAGAAGGAUGUGCAAGAGCAUGUCGACCCGUCGUCUUCUACCCAGCCCGAGCCCCAGACAGUCGUCAAAGAUACGGAGGGUGAAGGGGACAAGACGGAAAAGAUUGAUAUCGACAAGACGAUCGACGAAGCGGAUGAGCUUGCGUCACAGACCGAAAACCAAAAGAGCAGGUCGAGCGCGGCACAGAGAAAGAGCGAUCCGGGGGAGAGCGAUAAGGGGUCGAGGGCGCGGAAGGGGGAAGGGAAUGAGAGCGAGGGCGAAAUGAGGGGGAGGCAAGCGGCGCAAAAGAUCAUUGAUGAAAAGUGA